AAUGGGUAUUUAUAAAUGUCAAUGGGUAUUUAUAAAUGUCAGUGGAGGAUGUGUGCUUUUCAGGGUGUGGUUUUGUUACAUUACAAGUGGUAGUCACAUGAUAACCUGCCACAUGGUCCACAAGAAUGGCUGAAGGUGUGAAUGUUGGAGUGUUGUCUAGUGCCCUGGCUGUUUCAAUUCAGCAAGCAGUUAGCAGUGGUCAGUUACAGUUACCUCAAGUGGUGCCAACCAGAGUCCCAUUAGUGACAGGUCUGAUCGUCCAGGAAGGCCGAGGUCCACUGUUACCAUUGACGAAAUACUGGAAAUACGAUCACUUCAUUACAAAUGGAAUAAAAUUGCGUCUAUCUUGGGAAUAUCAAGAGCAACUUUGUACAGACGAUUAGAAGAAAAUGGAAGAUCCUCACAGGAUGGGUCGAUGUUGGAUGAUAAUGAGCUAGAUGAUGUGAUCAGUGGUAUAAAAAGAGAUCACCCGAAUGAUGGGGAACGACUUGUCUGCGGCCACUUAAGAGCAAGGGGAUUAAAAGUUCCUCGGCAAGCUGUCAGGGAUUCCAUUCAUCGAACGGAUCACGAAAAUGUCAUUGCGCGUCGCUGUACUGUUGUUAGACGCCGUGUGUACAGUGCCCCUCACCCAAAUUAUGUGUGGCACAUUGAUGGCCAUCAUAAACUUAUAAGGUGGCGUUUUGUGAUCCAUGGUUCAAUUGACGGCUUCUCCCGCACUAUCAUUUAUGUGGCAUGCACCGACAACAAUCGUUCAGAAACUGUUCUCCAGCUCUUCACUGACAGUAUCAGGCACUAUGGUGUCCCUAACCAUGUGAGAUCAGAUCACGGUGGAGAAAAUGUGGAGGUAUGGCGGUACAUGAUUGCUGCACACAAUAAUGAUUACAGUUGUGUAAUCACCGGGAGUUCUGUGCACAAUGAAAGAAUUGAGAGACUCUGGCGUGACGUUCAUAGAUGUGUUGGUUCCGUGUUUUCCCAAAUCUUCCGAUCUUUGGAAAGUGAUGGACUUCUUGACCCCUUAAAUGAAGUGGAUCUUUACUGUUUGCAUCUGAUAUUCCUGCCAAGAAUAAACAAAUGUAUUUCAGGUUUCGUAGAUAGUUGGAAUCAUCAUCCUUUAUCUACUGAAGGCAAUCGAACUCCAUACCAACUUUUUUUUGAAGGUAUGCUGCAAACAAGCGAGCAAGAACUUGGUACUACAGCUAAUGUGGACACUUCUGAUGUUGAAGGAGAACGUGUAUCAGUGCCAAGAAUUAAGUUUAUACCAUGCUCAAUUUUAAAACAAAGUUUCCAAACUAUAAAUCCCCUUGAAGAAGCAGAAGAUAAUGGUAGAGGACUCUUUGUCGACGUACUUCAUACUACAGGACAGCAUCUUAAUGCUACUUGCUCACAAUGUAUUUGGAUGUAAUAUUCAAUUAUUAUAAUUAUGAUAAGAAUGAAUGAAAGAAUGAAUAAAUAAAUGAAAAAGGAAUGAAUAAUG